UGAACAAUGCAUCUCUGCAGUAGCAUGUCGGGUCAGAGGUCACACUGUCAGCUGCCGCUAGAGGGACAUAUGGAGUUAGCACUGAAACAAUGACAGUGGAGCAAUGCAGCCUGUGCCACUCCUCCCUCCUGCCUCCCUUCAGCCAAAGGCCCCAGGCUGGGUCUUUUUAACUCUGAACAUCAGCUGUAUGCUAAUUUCUUUUACAGAGGGAUUGUUGGCUUCAUUGAAUGGCCUUUUUCUCUCUUGCAGAUGUCUCUUCAGGCUGCUUUACCAUAGCUUCUGGGUCCAGAUUGUACUUAAAUGUUAACACAUAUGGAAUCCCCUGUGUUUUCUAUUCAAGAUUUGUACAAAUAUAUCGUUUUUGAGAUCUCAAAACCAAAGUUUGUCAUUUUAUCAUUGUUCAACAAUGUUAAAAUGUUUACAUGUAAUUUCUAAAUAAAAAUAGGACUUUUACUUAACAUGAAAUGAAAGCAAGGAUAAAGUUCCCAGCGUUUCUCAAAGCUGGUUUGGAGUAUUUUGUGGUGGGAAUUGGAAGAGAAGAACAUAUGGGACACAGGGUUUAGUAACCCCCUAAGCUUCCCCAUGUCCAUCUGUUCUCUUAUCCUUCAGGGAAAAUACUUCAGGCAUGGACAUUAUUUGGUCAUUUCUCAGCAAUACUUCACAGAAACAGUAAAUAAAAAUACCAUGAGAUGUGUUAUUUGUACUUGAACCACAAUUUUAGUCUUGUUUUUUUGCUGAGAAAUGCUGUUGACAACGGAUUCACUGGUUCAAACAAAAAAGAAAUCAAGGGAUAGUGAUAAUAGUGGACAACAUUUGAACAACACAAAUUUUCAAGACUCAUGCAGAUGUUCUUCCUUUUUUCAGGGGAAUAUUUAGCCCAGUUUCUAGAAAUUUGCUUUAAAUCUGUAAAUUCUGAGUUUUAGCACAAAAGUCUGGCUUUUAUUUCAGGUUUAAUAAUUUAAUGAAGACAAAAAUGACAAGUUAGAUUCUUUGCAGAAAAUCUUCUAAUCAUUCUCAGAUGGGUUUUUUUGUUUUUUUGGGGGGGGUUAUAAGCUUUUUGUUUUUGCAGACGUUUAAAAAUGCAAAAUAAGCAUUAAAACAAAUGUCUACAUUUUAGAUUAGUCCAUGCAUAACUUGCCCGUAUGUGGCUUAAUUUGUUACAAAACAGUUUUUAUGUUUUAGCUUUCUUAAUUUCCUAAAACAUAAGGUGCACGAUUCUUUAUGACAGAAAAACAUAAAAACUAAGCGGGAUUUCCAAAAUAAAAGCCUCCCACCUCGGCGCUGACGCCAUUGGAGGAUCCGGCUGUCAAAGCCGAAGGGGUCGCGGUUUGCCGGGUCCAGUGAUUGGCUGCCCGGCCCCUGUGUGCGGCAGAGCAGCCUGUCCGUUUGAAUGUGCGGGCAACUGGAGCGGAUCAUUUCCAUGGACCAUCUGUCUCGCUGGCUGGACUCACAACAAAGAAGGAUCCAGGAUGGUGUUAGUCCAUGUUGGAUAUCUGGUUCUCCCCGACUUCAGCUCAGUUAGAAAUAGAGGCGUGCACUUCAGCAGGCAUCAGCACAGUCAUGCAACCUCCUGCCGACACUUUCACCUGGGCGCUCCACAGGCACCCAUCACAGCUAAGUUUUCUCUGGGAACUGCCAGCCAGCCCCCACAGACAGGCCUGGCCGCCAACCUGUCCCCCACACACCACCACACUGCCCUAUCCGCACCCCCUCAGUUUCAGGAUGUGCCUUCAUGGCCCUCAUUCCUACCUCAGGCCUUGCACCAGCAAUACCUCAUCCAGCAGCAGCUCCUAGAGGCGCAGCACCGCAGGAUCCUCCCGCAUUCCAGAAGAACACAGGAUCGUAUUCCUCAGAACCACCACAGACUACGAUCAGGCUAUGAAUACCCCCCUCCACUCCAUAUUCCCCAACCAAUAUCUCAACAGCCACGGUACUUGGCAGAAGGCACCGACUGGGAUCUCAGCGUAGAUGCCGGGCUCCCUCACCAGUACCAGUUUCAGCAGCUUCCUCAGCACUAUCAGCAUUAUUUAGUCUCCCCCCGAAUGCACCACUUCCCCAGGAACUCUGCCUCUGCUCAACUGGUUGUGCAUGAAAUCAGAAACUACCCAUACCCACAGCUGCAUCUGUUGGCUUUUCAAAGUCUGAAUCCCUCGAGACAUGCCACUGCUGUGCGGGAAAGUUACGAGGAGCUUUUGCAGCUGGAGGACCGACUUGGGAGUGUCAGCAGAGGAGCUGUGCAGACAACAAUCGAGAGAUUCACAUUUCCUCACAAGUAUAAGAAGAGAAAGCCUCUGCAGCUGAAGACUGGGGAAGCAGAGGAGGAAACAGAUGUGGAUGAAAAGUGUACAAUCUGUUUGUCCAUGCUGGAGGAUGGAGAGGAUGUCAGGAGACUUCCCUGCAUGCACCUCUUCCACCAGGGCUGCGUGGACCAGUGGUUGGCCACCAGCAGGAAGUGUCCAAUCUGUCGAGUUGACAUCGAAACACAGCUGAACCCCGACAGCUGAUGGGAUUGAGCUCCUUGUUGAUCACUAGUUUGGUUCCUUUGCUUCUUCCACUCCCUCCUCAUCCCCCUUCUAUUGUGUGGGGUGCUUUGCCAAAUGUCUAAAGACUUCAUGUGACAUAACAACCCCUCUGAUUCAUGCUUUACUGAGCCAAACCAGGACUGAGAGAGGCUGCAAAGGGCUCUCUUUAAAUAGAAGCACAUUCAUUUGGGAGAAAAAGACACACGCUACUGUACACAGGGUUCACUUGUAGCUUGGUGGUUGUUAAUAGGGUUUUGUCGCUGUUGUGGUGUUGUACUGUUGGUAGCCACGGGCUGUGUAGCAUGUCCUCAAAGCCAUGACACAAUUUCCUAAGAUUGAAAGAAGCGUUGCCACACGCAGCGUUUUUCACUCUUUGCUGUCUCUUUCUAGUGAUAUAUUAAUAAAUAAUAUAUAUUUCUCUUGUUCAGCCAGCCAGAAUGCCACUAAAACACACACUAAAGCUUUGAUGCUAUGUUUACCUAAAGAUCAUUUGUGGUUGUAGUAGAGUAGCAGCAACCAAUAAGUGACACCUGGUGCGCAUUUUUGGGGGCCAAGCACCGGCGAGCUGAGUGUUUUGAUCCCAUCAUGCAGCUUUUGACAUUUUUGCAAUACAGUUGUACCUUUAACUUCAGUUGGAUGUCAUGUGAGGUUGUGUGUAGGUCUCCUUCACUGCCGCGGAAUAGUGUGAGUGAGUUGAAUUGGACUUUCUUUUUAUAAACAUUUUUACCAAAAUGCAUUUUGUUGAAGUGUAGCUUACCUGCUCACGGGUUUUGUGUGUGUGUGUGUGUGCAGUGUUUGACUAAAAGCCUAGUAAAAGUGGAUGUUUGCUGAAGUUGACCAUGACCCCUUAAAGGUUGUUAGCAUAUAGCAUGACCACUUGAGUGCUUUUACAACACUAAGCCAAAAAAAAAAAAAAAAAAGGCUUUUUUUUAAUGGAAGCUUUUAUGUACUGCAGGUGCAAUGGAGAAAAUUAUUUCCCCUUGUGCAUCUGUAUCUUUUUGCUGGGCUUGUGGGCUAAAACUGCAAGGUUUCAUGUUUUUUAGAAUGGUACAGAAAAGCCUGUGCAUGGCUUAUUGUUAGAGCUUUGACAAUAAUUAAUACACAGUUUUAAAAAAAAACGGUCAGUCAGCAGUUGCUUCCCUGACACACAGCACGUGUUCCUGUCCCCUUUGGUGGUAGCGAUGGGAUCCUGCUGAUGUUUACCGAAUUGCGUAAAGAGCAAGCACAUCUGACAACAGUUAAAGCAACAAAAAGUCCUGUUUUUGGUACUGCGUUCACAUCCGUUCAUGUUUCGGUAGAGAUCCAUGCAGUGUUUGAGCUGGGAGAAGAGCUUUUGCAUAUUGAUCUUGUGUAUUUAUGUGACGGACCUCCCUUGUGGUUGCUAUGCUGGUUGCUAUGCUGUAUUGCUAGAACAUGUAGAACGUGAUGCGACUGAGGCAGCCUCCCCCUUGUAGUGCACUUGGACAGCAGAGAAACAUUGAGACUGUUGAAUAGAGGCUUUCGCUGCCUUUGUGUUGAGGUUCUUUUUUUUAAUUUUUUUUUUUUUACUCUAAUUGUGCGUUCAAGAACACUUAGAAAGUUUUUCAGUCCCAAAAACUAUGAUGGCUAAACAAGAAAGGCUCAGGCACACCAUAACGCUCACAGUGCAGCAUAGCAUUGGAAAACACAAAUAGGUAUAGUUUAAUUGGUAAAUCUGCUACAAUGAUCACUGGUUUCUAUGUGGGGUGUAGAAAUUAAGUUUACCAUUUUCUGAAAUCCUCUUUGAGACUGCAAAGGAGAAAAAAAAAGUUAAAAAGAAGCCUGACAGUUGUUUUCAACAAACUUAGGGUUAAGCCUCAGUCACAUGAAACCCUACGAAUUUUUUUCCUGGCACAUGGAGGGUUGUGAACAGAAGCGUCUUAAAGGAAGUGCAGGCUUAUCGUGCAGUUCCCUUGAAACCUGUACACAGCCACUUUAAGGGACGUUAUGAAAAAGGAACGUACAAUUACCGUGCAGGUGGUAGGUGUAUCUUGAAGUAUUUGUAAGGAUAAUGUAGGUUGCAGACACUCGCACUUCAAGAUUUUUUUAAAAACAUUUGUUUUAUAUCUGUGGCCAGAUUUGACAUUUGUGACGAAGGAAAAGUUGAUAGAAAAAUUUGCCAUUUGGUAAUGACCACGCAGCUGAAAACGUUUCUCAAAUCAGCUAAAUACAAACCAAGAGUUGAAUCCCCACUUUUCUAUCUCUGUUUAAAGAUAUUGGAAAUUAAUAAUCACAAACAAAGAAAUACCUUGUGCUGCAGUUACUAAAAUGAUCACUUGAGGCUGGUUUUAGAAGGAAGUCAUUCCUCGUUGACUCCAAUAUAAAAAAAAAAUCCCCCCUUUACACUAAAAUAAACUUAGGGCAUCAAGAGCCUUGUGGUUGUUUAUUUUGUUUUCUAUUUGUGACAUUUUGGGCAUACAUGCAGGUGGAUCCAACAAAAAACUGUCCCCUCCAAUUACCAAUUUUUGAGACAAUGUGGAGUUGGGCGGAGUAAAUUCCAUUUAGUGGGGCCACACUUUUUCAGACUUCUAGUUCUGUCAGAACUAUAAAUAUAAAUAUUUAGAUCAUUGAGCGUAUUGGCUUGGUGACAGAUUCCCAUAAAGAUGUGUGGUGUUUUGGGCCUUUAAAAUUUCCGUCUUGUGCACUGCUGGUGUUGAGGCUGCCUCCUCCUGUAGUGGAGUCACCCGUGAUAAAGUUUUCAUAGUUUACACAGAGUGUGGGUCAGUUGAGAUGCCUUAAGUAUUUAACAAUCAUAAUUUAAUACUAACUGUAGAUAUUGUGGGUAUGUAUUUAACUUUCUAUUAUUUUUUUCUGUUUUGAGGGUGACUGAGUCAUAAUCUAUUUAUUUAGAAAUAACACUAAAAACAACACACUAUAAAAAACGAUUACCUCAUCUUUGCAUCGUUUCCAACAGGAAUGCUUUGCAUGCAGUUUUUUUUAAAUGGGGUAAAUAUAUAUAUAUAUAUAUAUAUAUAUAUAUAUAUAUAUUGCCCUGCUGUUUGAUCUCCACACGCCGGCUGUGCGAUGUUUACUGUCAAAGACUGAGCUGUUGAGCUCGCUCACUGUCUCUCACGUGGUGCUGUGGAUGUUUGUUACAUUCCAUUCAAUGCAAUUUCUCCUGUCCCCCAUGCUGUGAUGUAGUGGACAAACUGCAAUGAAGUGAAGUGGUUUUUAAUUUGUGAUUUGAUUUUAUUUGAAUGAAUUUGCACUCACUUGUUUAAAUAUGGGAACCCUCUCACUGGCAAAAAAAAAAGAAAUAAAUAAAAAAGAAAAAGGUAGUGAUCAUGAAAGUACACUGUAAACAUUUUUUUUGUUGGUUUCACAGAAAAAAACUGGCAGCUGUGGUUGCAAGAAUAAAUAUGUGAAAAAUAUGUUGGUCAUGUAAACAGCUUUACAGGCACACUGUAAAUAUUACACAACUUAAUCUCUUAAUUCACAUACAAUAAUGCAUUUGCUAUUUAAAAUGUUUUUGAUUAACCCUACAGAUAAAUUUUGAAAAAUGUGACUUUCAUACAAUGGAUUUUUAGGUUGAUUUCACUAAUACUAUGAGUAGAACACUAGUUAAAAAAUUACUUUCACAUAAAACAAUGACUUUAUUACAGCAAUGCAAUAUUACAAUACAUAGCCUUGGAAGGGCUUUUGUUUAAAAAAUGAUUAUGUUAAAUGUAUCAAUGUUCUGUAAAGUUGUUUACAUUAUCAUCUUAUUUUUAUUCUUACCACCACUGCUGGCCUUUUUCUUUCCACAAAACAUUUUAAUGAAUUAUGAGUAUAGAAUUUAUUUUAGAAAUGUAAAAAUAGUUAAAAAAUAGUUGGUUCCCUGAUCUUACUGACAGUUUAAAGCGGAUCCACAAAUAUUUGCAUAUUUUACUUUUCGUUGAGGCUUAAAUAUCUAGCUUUUCCUAGGCCAAAUAAGAAACAAAAUAUAGGGAAAUAUUACCCAGUUUAAAAAUAUUUGCUAGCUGUGCAAAAUUAAAACUGUUUACACAUCUCACCACUCAAAAUCAGACAAUUCCUGAAUCAAAGUAAGGACUCAUGAGUUUAUAGUAAGAUGAGAAACAGAGAAAGAGAAACAUCAUCUUUAGAAAGAAAAAAAAACAAGUUUCAAAAUAAAACAAGAAAGUGAUCUGCUUUUCAUUACUAAUACACUCUCACUUCUUCUAGAAUUGCAAAAUAAAAAAAUUAUUAAGUUUGCCGGUGAACAGUUCUAUUAUUCAAGAACUUUUGAAAUUAGCAAGAUUGUAAUAAAAGUCAAAAAAACUUUAAGGAUCUAGAAAGCUUGAGUGGUGGAUGUUGGAGCAGGAGUUUGCAAACAUCGUGGUUAGUGCAGAGCUAAAAGAAGUAAUGUUGCACAAGGAUCUGAUCGGGACACAACGCAAACUUUCUUGCAGAAAAGCAGGAUUGUCCGAAAAAUGAGGAAAGGGAAAAAAAAAAGGAAAACGAAAAUCCUUUGUUCCAUGUAUAAUUCCAUAAAAUAGUUUGACCGUUCUUUGAUGAGAAUUCUUAAGCUAAGUGGCCCAAUUUUCAGCUAAUAAAUUAACUCGCACUUUACAUGGAACAUUUUGCAGUCAAUAAAUUACUUUAAAUUGGACACCUAUAAGAUGGCAAAAAGUCAACAUCAGAGGACUUAAACCAGUGGCUCAGUUCAACACCUUGUUGAGUUGAAAGGUAAAAUUUCAUAUGUUUGAAAAAACAUUUCUAAUUAAAACAUUUGAGCUGAGUAUCAACAACAACAUAAAUCUGAUUAAUUUGAGUGACAACAUCAAAAAUUCUCUUUUAUUGAGCUCAACAAACAUUAAUGUAUUUUUGAACAUAUUUUUGUCCCAGAACCAAUUGUUUCAUUGGUUAAAAAAACAGUAGCUUUCUUUAUGCUGUUGCAGGUCUUAAUGAAUCACAUUCCUUAUCUUUUUAAAUCUUUAAUUUGAUUCUUUCUGGUGUUUCUCUUCAGUUCAAAACUAAGUGGAAGCAUACCAAGUGCCUCGCUUUAGGUGUUAGGAUAUACAGUAUUUCCAUGUUGUUGAAGCCAUUAACAGCAAUCAGUCCGUGAAGCCACAUUGCCUUAUGUGUAGCAUAACUGUUAAAAAGAAUGAGAUCUGAAGGAGAAGACAACACCUGUCAAGUCGAAGCCAUUCUUAAAAAACAUUAUUUAAAAAAGCUGCUGGCUUGUUAGUAAAGCGUCACUUACUGUGGAAAUAGUUCUCAAAGCGAAGAGGCAUGUUGCAUCGUGGGCUCUGCAAAAAACGUCAGGCGUUUUUCUUUUUUUCCCCUUCUAUUUAAUGUUUUUCUUACAUUUUUAACGUCUGUCAUUCUUUUGAAUUUCCUUUAUUUCCUCCAAAAGAAAGCACCAAUUACAAAGCACAACUUUUUCUAAGAAUGCAUGAUCUCUCAGGUUCCACUGUAAUGGUUUAAGGUAAGAAUAUAUAUAAACAUUAUAUAUAUCUAAAAAAAACAACAACAUUUUUUUCUUUGCUGCUUCAAUCUGAAAAACAAAACUGAAGAGAAAAUAUGCCAAAAAAGAAAUUGCCAGUGAAAGGGCUGCCGACAUCCAUGUCUACGAAAACCUGCUGUUCUGCUGUGACUGCGCAAUGUUUUUCCACAUAGGAUAUUUUAUCUGAAAAUAGAACUAUUUAUCAUUAUUAUUAAAGCAAUAGAGCAUUAUUAGUGAUGAGUGUGAUGGUGGAGAAAUGGGUGAGUGUGUAAUUGGUAAAUGUUAGAUUUACAUUCAGUGGAAUUUUGUACUUUAUUUAUUAUAAUUACUACUAAUUUUGAGGAUAAUGAUCUCAAACGUUGCAUUGCUAAAUCCAAACUUUUCAGUUUUGUCUUUUUUAUUUGGAUUUCAUGGCUUGUAUAUUAUUCUUUUAUAUGUGCUCUUUUUGUAAUAAACUGGAUUUAAUGGA